GGCCCGGCCAUGCUCGGCCUGGACGUGUGCGAGGCGGGCGGGCAGCUGCUGGAGCUGCUGUGGCUGACGCUGUGCUACCGAGACAUCAUGGCUGACAAGGAGGGGGUGAUGCUGUCGCUGGAGGAGGAGGAGGAGGAUGCCGACGUGGCCCUGGCGUAUAAGACGCCGGAGAGGAAGAGCCUGCGGGAGAUCCAGGAGCUGGACCCGGGGGAUGAGAGCCUGCGGAAGUACAAGCAGGCACUGCUGGGCAACAUCCCUGUGGCUGUGGAUGCCAGCGUGCCCAACGUGCAGGUGACGAAGCUGACCCUGAUGUGUGAGCAGGCGCCGGGGCCCAUCACCAUGGACCUGACGGGUGAGUGCUGCCGGUCCUCCAUGGCAGAAGGGAGGAGGAGGAGGAGGACGGGUGCCAUGCUGACGGACCGUCUGCCCCCCACAGGAGACCUGGAAGUGCUGCAGAGCCGUCCCUUCGUGCUGAAGGAGGGGGUGGACUACAGGGUGAAGGUGUCCUUCAAGGUGAACAGGGAGAUCGUCUGUGGGCUGAAGUGCCUGCACCUGACGUACCGCCGCGGCCGGCCGGUGGACCGCGACGUCUUCAUGGUGGGCAGCUACGCACCGCGGGCCGAGGAGUACGAGGUGGUGACGCCGGCCGAGGAGGUGCCGCGGGGCCGGCUGGUGCGUGGCUCCUACCGCGUCCGCUCGCUGGUCACCGAUGAUGACAAGACGGAGCACCUCGCCUGGGAGUGGGGCCUGUGCAUAAGGAAGGGCUGGGAGGACUGAGACCCCCCCCCGGUCCCACCGUUGCGGGGAUCCCCCCGCCGCCCGGGGACCCCCUGCCGCCCGCGCCGCCCCACCGACGGGAAGGUGGAGGGGUCCCUUAGCAAAGCGGGCGCCCGCGGUCGUGGUCUUGGCAACCAAAGUUAUUUUUAAUCGCUGUUUUUUUUUGAUACCGACGCCCGACUCGUCCUCGCGGCACCUCCAUCGCCGUGCACUGCUGUGCGCUGAGCUGCGCCCGGCCGCAGGCUGUGCUCCUCCAUCGCCAUUAAACCCUACA